GGAACAGUUCGACGACGCGGCGAUUCGAUUCGGUUGCGUGAACACGAUAAAAAACAAAUAAACUGUGAAAUAAACAUAAAUUUAUAUUUGUGCAUAGUUGUGGUUAUAGAAAUUUUACACACAAAUAUUUGUGUGCGUAGAAGUGGAAAGCAAAACGAGCACCGAAAAUUCAUUCAUAAUAUCCAAUCAACGUCGCGCUCUUCUAAUUCGCGCGCGCUAUAAACUCACUCUCCGCCGCUCUGCGCUCAUUUGCAAAGAGCUCUCUGUUGUCGACCGCAGCUCUUCAAACGUUUUGUGUAAGAAGAUGCAUACGUCACAUCUGGCCACUCCAACAGCGGCUGAAACGCCGAAUACUCACCAACACCAACACCCACACCAUGGUUACCAAAACCACAAUUACCAUUACAACAGCCCACAGUAUCAUAGCAGCAGCAGCAGCAGCAGUAUUAAUAACAACAAUCCAAAUUAUAUACCUCACGAUCAAUCCACCACCAAUUUCACCAACUCAAAUCCAACACACCAUCUCUAUGCUUCCGCCACCACAACAAACCCUACCAAUAUAAACAGCGGUACACCAUCUACGCCGCCACAACACAAAUUUGCGCCUGCACGUAGGCUUGCCGCUCGUCAGACGUUACGUCUGCAAAUACCCAAACAACAGGGUGACACGUAUGGUUUUCAAAAUGCCUGCAAUGCUGGUGUGAAUGCUGCUUCUUCUAAUUAUUACAAGUAUUCACCAUCACAACUGCCGCCUGCGCCGAUAUUAAAGCGCAAUACACCGACACCAACAACGGCAUAUCACACAAAGAACUCCUUGCCGAAAUCAGCUUCGCCGUUGGAGUCACAUAAGUUGCCGAAUGUUGUUUGUAGUAGCGCUUCACCUUCUUCGCAAUUAUCCUCAGCAUCUGCGCUACACUACAAUGGCAGCAGUGGUGGGUUGUCGAUCCAAACAGCCACUGCCACACCCACCAGCAGUGCAAAUAAAUUUCUAAAUUUACGUAAACCGAGCAUCACCUUGAAUUCGGCGGAUGUGCGCAACAAUAACGGUACUAGUGGCAGUAGUAUUGGAAGUUGUGGCAGUGAUUUAUUUGGUUUCGCUAAGGAAUUGUCACCAUCGAUGGAUAUGAGCGAUCAUUCACCGAUUUUUGCCUCAUCCAUUUCGCCUUCAACAAGUUCAGGCUGCUCACCCACGCACCACAUCAAUCGGCUUUUCAGCUUAAGCCCCUCAACUAUGCGCAGUUACGGCAAUAAUUUAGCCGAUCAGGUUGGCGAGUGCGAAGUAAGCGUGUUGAAACAGGUUGCCUACUUGGCCACCCCGACUACAACCAAAGCCCAAAGCGCUUCACUGACACCUCUGAACAACAUUGCGGCGAUAAUGAAAGGCACCAUAAUGAUGAAGUUCACCUUAGGUGCAAACAAUAAUGAAGAUAGAAGUUGGCAUAAGAAUGUAACUGCUAAUGAUUAUUUCGAUAAGGUUGACCAUAAACAAGAACACAUUUUGUGGCGCACCCUACAAGUGGCGCCACGCAAGGGCGGGCUACAGGGCGUAUGUGCCUGCACAAUGGAGUGA